CUCGCCAACCCGCCCACGCUUCGUCAAACCAUCCCCCUUCAUUUAAAAAACACACGAAAGAAAAAAUCAAACCUUUGAAAAUUUUCAAUCUCCCAUCUCAGCUCUCCACCUCCCUCCUCAUCCGUUCUCCUUCCGCCAUUAAUCCUCUUUUUUUCUGAUCUCCAGUCCACGCAGGCGCCGCCCCAAUAGACCAACUUAUCCCCCACUUCGCAAGCCAACAACUUUCUCCAUCGUUGACGGAAGAGCAGCUGAUCGUUUCACAACACAGACAACAGAGAUCGAUGAAGCUCUGGAUCAAAAUAAUCUCCGCCGCCAUCCCCACCGCCGGCCUCCUCCUCCUCCUCACAAUCCUCCUUAUCCCCCACCGCCGGCAGCGGCGGCGGCAGCUCAUCAACCCACAAGCCUCCCUCCCCCAAAUCCCCGAAACCGCCGCUAAAUCAAAAUUCCCCCUUUCCUACAAAUCCGUAAACGGCGCAUGGAAUAGCCACCGCUUCCACCAUCUUAACCACCACCACCACCACCAAACUCCGUCUUCUCCGUUCAACUGGAAAGAACACCCCCGGCUCAUCUCUGAGGCGGCGGAGAGUGGCUGGCCACGCUUCGCCUUCUCCUCCUCCAUCAUCCGGCCUUCUUCCAGUCCCCUUUGGGCUUUCUGCCCCGCAUGCGACGGAGGGAUACAGCGUGAAGCGGCGGCGAGCGGCUGGGAUCUGCCCUCCGGUUCGUCGGAGUUCAUGCAGACAGUGAGACUCAACGCUGCACCGAAGAAAACCUCCGACGAGGUAUCCUUCUCCUUUGUCAGAACCAGCCUCCCUCUUCCCGGCCCUGCGUUGGGCGGCAGCUCCUUUCCCCAAGAAGCCUAUUUUGAAAUCACCAUCCUCUACCUCCAGCCACUGAAAAAGCUUCAGGAAACUUCAAGUAAGCGGGUGAAAGAACGAGAAACCGAUCGAUCAAAGCUUAUCAGAGAGGAUUCCAUCAGCGCUUCAGCUCCCAUGGUAUUUAAUCCUCAAGAACCCGCUUCCAGAACAGAAGAAAAUCGAGAUCUCGCAGUCUCCUUAGGUCUAACCAACAGAGCAUCAAUGUCGAACCAGUUCAUGCCGGGUACUUUUCCGGGAUCGAUUGGUUUCCAUUCCAACGGCUCCGUUUACCUUGAUGGAAGAAAACUGGUUUUCGAAUCGGAGAAAGCAGAGUGGGCGGAUGUGAACAGAGUGAUAGGUUGCGGAUUUGCGCCGAGGAAGAAGAAGGUUUUCUUCACCGUUGAUUCUCAGCUGGUUCAUGCCAUACGCUGUAGCUCAGAGGUAUAUAGCAGUCCACUGUAUCCCGUCUUGGCAGCCGAUGCAGACGCCAUGAUUCUCGUAAAUCUGGGCCAAGCACCAUUCAAGUACGCGCCUGCAAACGCUGCGAGAACGCAAAAUCCCUGCUUUAUUCGGAUUACUUCCGGCGGGCGGUCGUUGUCGGGCUCCAUUGAAAGCGGCGAGCUUGCUGCAGGUCGUGCGGAUGCAGAGUGGACUGAAAAUGAAAAAAGAAGUAAGAAACAGGACCACAACUACUACAGUAGCAGUAGUAAGAAGAGCAACGGGUAUUUGGACGACGGCAUUGAAGCCGAGUCGGAUCUGUUUGAGAUUUCACUUCAGAGAUGAAAGUACGUAGGAAAGUUAUAAGAUUUUCCAUUUGGGAAGAAGAAGAGGAGGAUUUGAAACUGCUGCAAAAUAAAAAAGCAUUUUUUUUCUUCUUUUUCGAGAUACAGAGUUGUUUGAUUGCUUUAUAUGUUGGGGUGGGUUUAGUGAAGGAUUUGUACAGAUUUACGGCGUACAUGGAAUGUAAGAAUGAUAGAG